AUGGAUAUUGAUGAAUGGACUUAUAAUUUAAAUAAGAAAUUUGGUCAAAAUGGAAUAUUUGAAUUUAAUAUGGCUGGUGUUAGAUAUAUAAUGAUUAGUCGUGCAGAAUUUGUGGGUAGAUUUAUGUUACCACAUCAAGAUGACCGUUUGAAACAUUUAAUGAGAACAAAUAAGGAAAAGGUGCUUUUAGAUUUUUUUGAUUUUAGUAACAAAGGAGUUUCAUUCAAUUGUAAUUACGAUUAUUGGAGAUUUAAUCGUCAAAUUUUUACUCGAGCCAUGAGAACAGCAACUCAAUCUAAUAAUACUGUUAAGCUAAUAAAUAAUUUAUUUGAAGAAAUGAUAAAUUAUUGGAUUGACUUAAAAGAGCCUGAUAGUGAUACAACAAUUAUUGAGGCAUCCACUUGGAUGUUUAAAUAUUCAUUUGAUUUUUUAUUUGGAGUAUUAACUGAUAGUCCAUCAUAUGCUAUGAAAUCAUAUUAUCAGAGAUUGAAAAAAAUUGAUGCCACAAAAGAAAUAAUGGAAUUUGAGAAAUAUUCUGACUGCGUAAGAAAUUUUCAGGCUGAAAAUUUAUUUGUAUUUGUGCCAAAAAUUUUAAGACAUGUUCCUAUACUCCGAGGUCGUAUUCAGAAUUUGAAGAAUGAUUGUGAUUUUAUGAAAGAAAAAUCUAUGGGAAGAAUUAAGAAAAGGAGAAAACAAAUCGAAAAAAUGGUUAAUAGUAGUGAUUUUGACCCAAAACAAUUAGGAAAUGAUCUAUUAACGUCGAUGAUUAUUACUAAUACUCCAUACGAUGUUAAUUCUCAAGUAAAUGAUGAUCCUUUAUUAUCAAGGCAAAUGACUGAUGAUGAAAUACUUGGUGUUUUAUUUGAAUCAUACGUGCCUUCAGAUACU